AACCAUUAUAAUGGCACCCAAAUCAGCUGCGCAAGCUUUAUUCGAGAAGGCCGAUAAGAAGGCCAAUUCAUCGGGUGGUUGGUUCUCUUCUGCCAAUUCCAAAUGGGAGGAGGCUGGGGACCUCUACCAACAGGCCGCCAACGCCUUCAAGCUCGAGAAGCAGUUCAAGGAAGCAGGAGAUGCUUUCGCGAGGGAAGCGGAAUGCAGGGAAAAGUGCAAGGAGAGCCUGGAUGCUGGGAACGCUUGGUGGAAUGCUGCGAAGGCCUAUAAACGAGGAUAUCCUGAUUUGGCCAUUCAGGCGCUCCAGCAAACAAUCCAACACCUUGUGGCAGGCGGUCGAUUCCGACAGGCAGCGGACAGGGAGAAGGAGAUUGCUCAGAUAUACCUUCAGGAAACCCAUGAUCUCAGCAGGGCUUGCGAGAGUUUCCUGCGCGCUGGAGAUUGGUAUGCCGAGGAGGAUGCGACAGCAACUGCGAAUCAGUGCUACAAGGAUGCUGCGGACCUCUAUGCCGAACUAGAGCAGUUCCCGCAGGCCAUUACGCUCUACGAACGAGUUGCAGAUCACUCUCUGACCUCCAACCUCACCAAGUACAGUGUGAAGGAAUACUGGCUCAAGUCUCUCCUGUGCACGGUAGCUCUCGGGGACAUCGUAACCGCGAGGAGGAACGCUCAGAAGUAUAUCGGACAAGAUAACACUUUCGUCGGCACUCGAGAAUUUAAAUUUGCCGAUGCAUUAAUGGAGGCUGUCGAUGCUGGGGAUGUGGGGGCAUACACGGCUGCCGUCGUCGAGUUCGACAGGAUCACGAAGCUGGAUAACUGGAAGACAGCGAUCUUGCUCAAGAUCAAGCGAGGCAUCCAAGAGGAACCAGGCCUCACCUAA